UCCGUCCGCUAGGUGGCAAUAUUUUCAUAACCCUCAUUUCAGAAGUACUACUGAGCUUCUCCGUUCGUUUCUGCUGGCGGCAGAAAGGCGCUCUGGACCACAUUGUUUAUGUACUCCUAUUCACACUUUGGCUAGAUGUUUAACUGCUCGGCAGAAACUCAAACCGUCUCGUUUUUAUCUUGGAAGUAGCGACAGCUGUGCGCUGAAAUAAUAAUGCCUAUUGCGUGCUCGGCGCUCGGAUGUACCAACCGCUUUAUCAAAGGCUCUGAGAUCCGCUUUUAUAGAUUCCCCAUCAGCAAGCCUCAGUUGGCUGAGCAGUGGGUGCGAAGUCUAGGUAGAAAGAACUUUGUCCCAACCACAAACUCCUGCCUGUGCUCUGAGCACUUCCAGCCUGACUGCUUCCGUGAUUACAAUGGAAAACAGUUCCUCAGGGAAGAUGCUGUGCCUACUAUUUUCUCCAACUGGCCCAAGGCAGGGGGCGAUGGCACAAAGAUUGAAUUAAGGAAGAGCAGAGGAGGGCUGGUAACAAAAGAUGAAUCAAAUCGCCUUGGUUCACUUCCUGAUGGAGCCAGACAAUUUAAUAAGGAAAGGAGACAAACAGCUAGAGAAACCAGCCUAAAGGGAAGGACCAUAAACGAUGGCUACAAGAGACGUGGUGGGGCAAAAAUCCCUUCCAGUGACAGACAAGGCAUGGCAGCCAAGAGUAAAGUGUACGACAGCCAAGGUCUUCUCAUCUCCUGUGGGCGAGACUUGUGCGAUUGUCUGGACGUGGACUGCAUGGGCUGCUUCUACCCCUGCCCUGACUGCGGCUCCCGCAAGUGCGGCGUAGAGUGCCGCUGUGACAGGAAGUGGCUGUAUGAGCAGGUGGAGGUGGAGGGAGGCGAAAUCAUCCGAAACAAAUACGCAGGCUAGCUGAUGUGAAUAAAGAGAUUGUGGGGGGUGAAUGGUUCUGUCAAAAGUCUCAUUUCCUCAGUUUUCCUCUUGCCCUAAAUGGAGUUCGUUGGCCGAGACGUGUUUGAUGUUUGAAGUCUUCAGUUUUGUACUACAGCUUUGGGCCUAAUGCAGCUUAUACCCAUGUGUUAGGAUUAUGCAAACUGAAUGCCUAAGAGGGUCUAUUCUUACCUCAAACUGUGCCAAGCUGAUCAGUAAUCUCAGAUGUUUUUUCUGAAGCUGCAUGAUAUACUGUUAUCUAUGAACAUUAAAACAGUCAUGUUGGAUGCAUUAGACUUGUUCCAGUGCAUAACUAAAACACAAACUUGAGAAUAAUAUGUCCUUGCUGGUGAACUACAUUGGGGGUAAGGGGAAAAAAAUAUGUGAUUAAUUUUUUGCUGAACGAUCAUGUUAAAGGGGAAUUCCACAUUUUUUUUUCCAUAUUUUUUUCCUAAUUCAUUUGUUGAGAAGUAAACAAGGUCGGUGUUUUACUGUGAACUGGUGCAUUGUAGAGAAACUUGCCUCUGAUUUCUUUACAGUGGUGGUGAUAGGAACCUGGGGUCAUGAUGUCAGUAACUCUAGUGAUUUUAUUUGCUAUUAAAAAUGAACAGUGAACCUGCAUAUCUUCUGAGUUAUUGUAUGUAGUCUAGAUAAUGGUUAAAUGGUAGUAAAUCUGAAAAGAAAAUAAUGUGUCCUAUUUUGCCACACAUCUUGCUUGUAUCUCUCCAUUAUGAAUGGAUCCUCAAAAAUAGUGUAAAAUAUUCUCUCAGCCAUCAGGCAACAUAUUUAUGAGAAUUUAGUCUAUAUGGUUCCUGUGAUGUAAUUCUUGUAGUGCUUAAACACUGCAGACAUCUAGUUCCUAUCGUCAGCAUUGUGAAAAGUUCUGACUCAGCAAGUUGACCUAUGGCACAUUUCACAUCAGACCACACUGAAUAACUUUGUUUACAUCUUAACGUAGUUUUGCAGAAAAUCUGGAAUUCUAAUUUUAAGCCUUUUUUUCUUUGUGGAGAGAGAGUGCAACACUAAGACAUGCAAGGACUACAUGGUUUGAAGUGAGUAUAAAGGCCUAAUGGACAUUAUGGGACAUUGCUGGUUGUUUAUAAUAUUAUUUCCUGCAGGUGUUGUGGGGAAAAAGGAUCAUUACAUGAUUGUAGAGAGAAUUGCUUUAAUACUCUGCAGUAAUAUAAUCUUAACAUUGUGACCCUGCUGAGAAUCUGUUCAUUCCAGGGCCUUUUUAAUUUCAGAAAUAUUGGUGUUUCUUUUCCUCAAUUGAUAAUGUGAACAUUCUUGCUUUGGCAGUGCUGAGAUGUUUGUCUCGUGGUGUCCUUCAUAGCGAAUAGAUUGCAUAGACUGGCCUUUAGAAAUUGAAUGAAACAGAGUUUUCUCCACUGUUGUUGGCUCCACUGUAAAUCUAAUAAGUAUUUCAGGCUAUUCCAAGUCUAAAGCAGCCGUGCCAUUUAUGUUGUGUUAUCAACAGCAUAUAUUGCUUUUACACCCUGAAAGCUUUGUUCAUUAAAGGUUUUUGUUUUUUGUUA